AAUCAUGCACUCUCCGAGCGAAAGUGAUCAGAGUUGAAGAAACAGCCUUUCAGAACGUUUCGUGCAUCUGGACCGGAAAACGGGAGCGAUGGUUCAAGUGUACAAAGUGACUGUUCUACUGCUAUUAGUGCUUGUUUUGCAAUGUUUUGCUAGGAAUUGCUCCAAGGACGAAGUUUGCGUACCGGUGCGGUACUGUCCGCACGUUCAGGAUGCCAUCCAAUCGGAAGCAGUUUACCGAAAUCGAACUUGGAAUGAGUAUCGAUGGUGCCAUCAAUCCGGCCAAGAGCUACGGGUUUGCUGCGACCAGGAAAGCACCAGUGCUGGGAAGCGAUGUCUCACAGCAGCGGGACAACCGCAGCAAGGACGAUGCGUAGAUCCCGAACACUGUGGCAUUGCUGGGCGUUUCCUGACGAAAAGUUUGCAACUCGACGCCUCCUUUGCUUCGGAGAAGAAUGUUUGUUACCAUAGCGAUGCCGAUGGAAAGGAUUACUAUUGCUGUCCGGACCCUUACGUAAACGAGCUCCAGAAGGACCAAACACCUACAAAAAGGGAAAAGCGAAGUUCGAAGGUUGAAAAUGAGUAUCCUAGCUGCAGUCGAACAGAUGGUUCUACCGGCUACUGCGUACCGAUGCGUCUCUGCGACAGAUUCGGUGCCAAGGUUUUGGAUAGAGAGCCGAACUUCAAGUACGAACAACUCCCACACCAUUACCGAUGUCCUUCGGAUGCCUCCGACAGCACUGCCUUUUGUUGCCCCCAUCGGGACCCGCCUCAUGAUUUUAUCAGAUUCGCAAAGGCCAGGAAGUUGGAUCCGGAAAAUUGUGGCAUGAUUGGGACGCCCGAUCGUGUGCUAGGCGGUGACGAAGCUGGCCUCGGGGAGUUUCCGUGGAUGGCCAAUCUGAUGGGCUUUCGGCAAUUUAUCAAAAUAUCAGUCUGCGGUGGUACGUUGAUCCACGCUCGGUACGUUCUGACGGCUGCGCAUUGUGUCAAAUUUGCAGAGCCGGUUUCCGUUCGAUUGGGGGAACAUGACCUCAGCAAGGAAGAAGAUUGCGUAGAAAAUGAUUGUACCAAGUACAUGGAGUAUGGGAUAGCAAGCUGGACCAGUCACGAAAACUUUCAAAACAAAACAGGAGAAUACGACAUCGCUUUGGUAAAACUGAGCGAGCCGGCAGAGAUCAUCAUAGAUCGAGUCUAUCCCAUCUGCCUUCCGAUAACGAAUGAGUGGCUUAUGAUGAAACCCUCCAAGCUGAUUGUUUCGGGUUGGGGUGGUAUGGAGAACCGAUGGAGAUCAGAUGUGCUGCGACAUGCCACUUUGCAGACUUUGAAGGAUCGGCCGUACUACUGCAAGCAAGAGCAAAUGAUUUGCGCGCGAGGAGUCAACGGGGAAACGAAUUGUAAAGGUGACUCCGGAGGACCCUUACAACAGAUUGUACGUUACAAACACCAAUAUCGAAUGGUGCAAUUUGGAGUGAUCUCUGCGGGGAUUAGGUUUUGCAAUGUGUAUGACAAAAAAGCAGGAGUGUCAGUUUCGGUUGGAUAUCACAUUAAGUGGAUUUUGGAUAAUAUGGAAAUUUAGAUUUUAUGGCAAUGAUAGCAGCAUGAAGGUGUGUUUUAAGAAAUAUAUGAAACUACUAUCGAACUAUCAAAAAGAUUUUCCUGGUUUGUAUCACUGCAUCAUGAGAGGGACUUAAAAUCGAAAACUGGCUUUAUUCGAUUUCAUUCUAUUUCACUUUCGUUCGAAUACAAAUUCUCCUUUUUCUUUUAUCUUACCUAGCAUACCUCCUUCACCCUACUUCAUUUCACCCACUUUCCUAAUCUAAUUCGACACACUUUCUUCUUCUUCAAACUCGAUUCUGUACCGAUCCUCCUUCUUUUUUCAUAUUCUUUGCGGCCUUUGCCAAUCGAACUGGAAUAUCUUGCGCAUUCGGAGAACGAGCUCCAGGUUAGUCUAUUGCCGGUAUUGCCGGAACUUCAUCGGAAAUUGUUCAAGGAGUUCAUCGAUUAUUUCCCUAGGAAUUUCUCGCGAAUUUCUCUGAAAAUUCCACAGAAAUUCCUGCAUGAGUUCCUCGAGAAUUCCUCCUAGAGUUCCUCGGCAAAUUCUCCAGGAGUUUCUCGGG